CCUGCUCCAACCAGCCGGGGCUCUACAAGGCUGGACAACGUCCCCCCUUGUCAUCAGCAUUUUGCAGAUGCGCAUGAGGAGGACGGAGCAAAGAGAUUGCGACCGGGCCAGACUAUUCCCAGGACCUUGAUCCCCGAUAUGCACGUCACAUUAGCUUCCUGUCUUACCCUUCGGGCAUCAUCACCUGCUACCACUACCAUUCUCACAUGCAGUCCGAAAGUCAAAUUUGAGGGGCCUGACUCGUUAUUCACACAAACCCCCCCCCCCCGGCUCGCUGUCAAUGUCGUCGUCAGGCCAAUCUCCGACUGUGUUGUCUUGACAGAGUAUGCCACCUUCCGAAAACCUGCAGCGCGUUCUCAUCCACCCAGAGCGCCACAGCACCACCCCCCUCAUAAGCGUCAGUUAGCUCGCCAAUUCCGCAGUAGCCCUGAAACUGAAGGGCGGCAGGUGCAAAAACCAAGGUGAACAGAUCGCGGUUGGCUCUAGCCACACUAGUAGGAGCAAGUGGCUGAUCCGGCUGCGUUCCGCGAGCGGGC